GCGCCUACUAUGCAAGCAUGUCAGUCAGCGACGGUACUUCGAGCGCGACGGUUACAUAGUUUCGGGGGCAAUCUCGCAGAGGAAAAUUUGAGCUAUCCUGUGGCCUAUCCUAGCCCUAGCCCGAGUAAGCAGUUUGUGAGGUGAAAAUAGGUGUUUGCAUUUUUUAUGCGAAGAAAAUUAAAUGAACAUCGUCAAUUACUGUGAGCUAAAAUUACAUUCCAAAAUAUUUGCGCGCUGUUCCCAGCUAGGAAAUCCUUGACACCUGACUCAGACUAGGCGCCACUGCAAAGUGCAGCACCAGUAGCACCAGUCAGGAUGGGUUGACGUAGGUCGUAUCGUUGGCGUGAGUGUGUCCUUUCGCAAAUGAGGGAUAAAAUGCGACAAGCGAUUAAUUUAAGUAAAGUAUUUAAUUAUUCGUCGUCGUCGUCGAGCUGAUGCCACUUAAUGUGUAAGAAAGUGAAGACUAAGCAACCGUUUAGCACAGGUGAUAUUUCAGUCGGUGUGAUUAGCCGUGGCCUCUCGUGAUUAUUUACUCUCGUGUGCGAAGGGUAGCUCCCCCGCGGAUGGUAGCCUUCAACCUUGCAACAAAUACAAAUACAAAACAACGGUAUGCUUGCGGGGUUGUGACGACGGAAUGAAAUGAGAUUGGACUUAUGAAUUUUUAUCGUGCCAACGAGGUUUAAUGAAAAUUUAUCAUUGCUACUUCGGUAAGGGGUCGUGAAAAACUGGAGUAGGGAGAAACUGCACUGCAAGCAAGAUCAGUUGAAUGCGGUUCGGAGUGGUUUAAAAGAAAAACUUAUAAAUAGCGUAAUCAACUUUCGUGGCAAAGGAAAUUCGGCGGUGAUAUGCGGCUUGAGUUUGCAGACUAUGGUUGAUGAAAGUGAUUGAAAUUUUGGUAUAGUUUCUGUGAGCGCAAAGGGAUUAUAGGAUAGCUAUUUUCGGUACUAAUUUGCGGAAUGCUCACAACAUAAGUAGAAGAAUGACUGCUGGAAUUUUUGAGUUAUCCUGCAAGAGAAAUUGGAAGCGUGAAGCUGUGCUUUAGAGAGCUUGGAGAGUCUGUCGAUUCACUGGAAAACGGUCGCUCCGGUAACAACACUAUCUACAACGAAUACACUUCGGUUGCCGUGCCAAAAUGAAAGGUGAGGCACAGCCACUUGGGGCAGAAUAUCAGCGACGAAAUAGAGACGAAAUAUCUCGGAAAAUAGAACAACGACUUCUGCUGUGUUAUUCGAUGCACGGUGCUAACGAUCAAAGCCCAAGGGAUACGGUGUUAAAAUAUUCACAGCUAGAAAGACAUUCCGCAACGAUUUGAUCCAAUUAGCUAUCCGAAAAUGUGAUAUAAAUUCAUUCCUGGCAGGUGUGCGAGAGAAACGUGAAAACGGUCAUUUGCAUAGUGAACGCGGCUUGAAAUAAAUAUAUACAAAGCUCAAAUUGCCCGAAGAACAACAGUAUUGCAACAAUAAACAAAAACCAACUGAACACAAAAACCGCAGACGAAACCGGGGCGUGAUAAUAUCGUUAUGAUCAAUAAUCUGUACCCAUUGGAGGAGCAUCCGCAUUUUUGUUCGUUUUAUUGGGGUGCUUUUAACGAGAGCAGUUCGAGUAACGCCGCAUUGCCAGCGGAACCGACGGCCGUCAGCACCAACUACGAUGGGACACUUCGAAGUGGGCUCUAUGAGGACCCUCGAAUAGAGUAUCUGCGGAAGAUCUCUUACGGAAUUGCGUUGCCAAUUAUCUGUGCCCUCGGCAUCGUAGGCAACGUACUCAAUCUGGUGGUUCUAACCCGGCGGAAUAUGCGUGGCACUGCCUACAUCUACAUGAGAGGUUAUUCGGCGGCCGCUCUACUGGCAAUUAUCUUUGCAAUUCCCUUCGGAAUGCGUAUGCUGAUUCAUCGGGACUCGGGCCGAUGGCAGAAUUUUGGUCAAGCAUUUUACUCAGCCCAUCUGGAGUUGUUUCUCGGAAAUGGUUGUCUUGGUGUCGGUGUGAUAAUGCUGCUGGUACUGACGAUUGAACGAUACGUGUCCGUGUGCCAUCCGGGUCACAUCCGACGGAUGUGUCCGCCUCGGAUCACUGUCUGGCUGAUAGCGGUGCUCACCUUCCUAAUCUAUCUGCCGUCGGUUUUGCGCGGCGAGAUCGUCAAAUGUGUCUUACAAUCCGAUGGAACAAUAAUGUAUCAUAAGCGGGAUAAUAUGAAAUUUUUAGAUUCGUUAUUUUAUUCGAUUUACAAGGUAAUAUUGGAGAUUGUCUUCAAGCUGGCACCGACGGUGCUGAUUGCCGGCUUCAACCUGAGGAUAAUGAUUGUGUAUCGUCGUACCUGUGAUAAGCGCCGCCGCAUGACGUUGUCCCGGAUUAACACCAAGGAUGACGAUCCGCGGAAAUAUGCCGAGGAGCGACGACUCAUGAUGCUGCUAGGAAGCACCUCCCUCCUGUUCCUGAUCUGUGUUUCGCCGAUGGCGAUUCUUCACGUCACCCUCUCACCAGAGCAUCUGUCUAGCUAUUCGUUUCAGCUAUUCCGAGCUCUGGCGAAUCUGCUAGAACUGAUCAACUAUUCGCUCACCUUCUACAUAUAUUGUUUGUUCAGUGAGGAUUUUCGAAACACGCUCUUUCGGACGAUCCGGUGGCCGUGGUUUGAGAAACCCCUCUACAACCGAGGAACCGAGUUCCCCCUGAAGCACCCAUCGACAGGGAUCCUAUUGAACGGUCGCCAUCACCAUCACUAUAAUAACUCGAACGGCACCCGUCGGUUGGCAAACGGAACCUCCGUCAACGGGUCACUGCUGCAGGCCACUUCCAACAACAACAGUCCUCACCAAUCGCCUACUCAUCACCAGAAUCAGCAGCAAUUGCAACAUCUGCUGGCGGUCACACCAACAACGGCAUCAACUACGCCGCAACAUCUGCAGGUCACGCACCAGAUCACCAUGACAGCUACGACGACAACCAGUUCUGGCUUGUGUGCUACCAAUGGUCGCUCCAGCAGUAUCUGAUGUUACGUUUCGAAUGGUCGCUCCUCAGAACCACUUAGCCGAAGCGGUAGUAGCGUAUCCAGCAAUAAUGGCGCCUGCAGGUCGGCACCAGUGGAUGUUUGACCGCGAUCCGGGUCAUCCUCGUUCGACCCUCCUUCGACGUCCUAAUUUAAUUGCUAGCACCAGGUGCAAGAAAUAAUGACAGCAAAAACGAAUCGAAUAAACAACUCGUGUUAGUUAUACAAAAUUUAAAAAAAAAACAAUUUUGUUCAAAACAACGCAAAAACGAGAGAGAUAGAAGAGUAGUUUAAUCUUCGACAUAUACAGAUAUUUAUUUACAUACCUGCCUAAAGAUUCAAGCAAACGGAGGGCGAAAAAGCCUUAAAGCUAAGCGUAUUAAAAGUAAUUAUUAAACUAAAUGGUGCCAUUUAAAAAACAAUCUUCGUCGCAGUGGACAAGCGGAAAAGCCGGAGCCGGAUAAAUUGGUGGUUUAGUAGAAAACAGUCUUUCGUGAUAUUCAUUGCCAGCCGCGGAAAUUACAUGGAAUUACACAAGGACACACUAGCGAAAACCGAACCAUUCAUUGUACAUAGAUAGAGCAAAUCUCCGGUUUUAGGAUAAAACUUUUUUUUUCGCAAACUACUACGGUGUAAUUAUUAACUCUAGAAUAUACAAACUAAAAUCAAAGAACAAAACUCGCAGUCUCGUCACGGAUGGUCCUUCAAUUUGUUCCAAACAAUAAAGGAAAGGUUAGUUGA